UACAGGUGGUUGGCGAACACGCAUGCGCAGUCUUAGCAGCGGAUGUAGUGCUUGCAUUAACCUAGAAUGUUACAGGAGGAGGAGCGGGAGCAAAGAUGGCGGCGAAUCCGAACUCUAUUCAACCCAUAUUUGAGUGUCCGAGCUGGGCAGGAAAACCUCCCCCAGGACUUCAUCUUGAUGUUGUUAAAGGAGAUAAACUCAUAGAGAAACUUAUUAUUGAUGAGAAGAAAUUCUACUUGUUUGGAAGGAACCCAGAUAUGUGCGACUUUACGAUCGACCAUCAGUCUUGCUCCAGAGUUCAUUCAGCACUAGUCUAUCACAAGCAUUUGAAGCGAGUCUUUCUAAUAGAUCUCAACAGCACUCAUGGAACUUUCCUUGGCCAUAUCCGCUUAGAACCCCACAAGCCCCAACAGAUCCCUAUUGACUCCACUGUUUCGUUUGGUGCUUCAACACGAAUGUACACACUUAGGGAGAAGCCUCAAACUCUUCCAUCUGCAUUGAAAGGAGAUGAUAAAGCUGGGGAGGAUGAUGAGUUGAAAGGGCUUUUGGGCCUUCCAGAGGAGGAGACAGAAUUGGAUAAUCUUACAGAGUUCAACACAGCUCACAACAAGAGAAUAUCCACACUUACCAUAGAAGAGGGAAAUUUGGACAUCCAGAGAUCUCGGAGAAAAAAGAGGAGUUACAGAGUCAGCUUUAGUGAAGAUGAUGAAAUUAUAAAUCCAGAGGAUGUGGAUCCUUCAGUUGGUCGCUUCAGGAACAUGGUGCAGAUAGCUGUAGUUCCAGUCAAGAAAAAGAAAAUGGAAACAUCUGGCUCCCUUAGCUUGGAAGACUCUGUGGGACGACGUGUGCAGAAUUUCCCGUUUUCUGGAGGCUUGUAUGGAGGUCUUCCUCCUACUCAUGCAGAAUCAGGAGCACAGACAGCUGGUGGCCAUGGCACAGCUCUGAUGGGUGGCAUGCCUUUCCCUAACUUGGCACCAGAAGUGGAUAUAGCACCAACCACACCCACAGCUGCCCCCAUCACGGCUGCCCCUACUUCAUCCAGCUUCCCUGCAGAUACUGUUAAUGAGCCUAAGAAAAAGAAGUAUGCAAAGGAAGCAUGGCCUGGGAAAAAGCCUACACCCCUUAUCUAAAAGACAAAUGCAGACUAUUAUGUAAUGGGAAAAGAAAGCAGAGUCCUUUUACACAGAAGUUGUUGCUUUUGUGCUGGCCACCAUUGUGGGCUAUGAUAAAAAAAAACUGAAACAAAACCUGGACCUCCUAGGUGACAUUUUUUGAUAAACACCAAUUGCUCUGUAUUAAUGCUCUAUAGAUCCCAGUAGCCAAUCUUCUGCACUAGGGAAUGCAGGGUACUUUCUACACUGCUUAGGAGCACUCCUCUCAAUGUCCACAAUUUCAUUGUAGGCACCUGGAUUGUCAGUCCAAUAGGAAUCAAUCCCUUGCAAAUGGAGGCCAGACAGAACUCGCCUUUCACCACCGAAAGAAAAGUUUUUUUCCCUUUCUGGACAAUAGGCUAUAACCCACAUGCAAUAUGUACAGUUUAAGUUUUGUAUAUGUCAAGUGGUUUUAACAAUCCGUAAAAUUAGAUCUACUUUCACUCUAA